CUGCCUUCCGCAGCCCCGCCGCUGCCGGGAACUCCGCGCAAGGCGCCCGUCGUCGUCCUAGUCUUCCAAGAUGAGCUACACGCUGGAGCCUCUGAGCAACCCGUCCUACCGGCGGGUCACCGAGAGCCGCACCACGUUCAGCCGGGCUAGUGUGUCGCCGUCGAGCGGCUUCCGGUCGCAGUCAUGGUCGCGGGGCUCGCCCAGCACGGUGUCGUCGUCCUACAAGCGCAACCUGGGCGCACCGCGGGCUUCGUACGGCUCGACGGUGCUGAGCUCGUCCGAGAGCCUGGAGCUGAGCCAGUCGUCGCUCUUCAACGGCGGCGGGGGCGGCGGCGGGGGCGGCGGGGACUUCAAGCUGAGCCGGGCCAACGAGAAGGAGCAGCUGCAGGGCCUGAACGACCGCUUCGCCGGCUACAUCGAGAAGGUGCACUCGCUGGAGCAGCAGAACAAGGAGCUGGAGGGCGAGAUCGGCGCGCUGCGCCAGAGGCAGGCGGGCCGCUCGCUGCUGGGCGACGCCUUCGAGCAGGAGCUGCGGGAGCUGCGCGUCGCCCUCGAGCAGGUGAGCCACGAGAAGGCGGCGCUGCAGCUGGACUCGGAGCACCUGGAGGAGGACAUCCAGCGCCUCAAGGAGCGCUUCGAGGAUGAGGCGCGCCUCCGCGACGACACCGAGGCCGUCAUCCGCGCCCUGCGCAAGGACGUCGAAGAGGCGUCGCUGGCCAAGGUCGAGCUGGACAAGAAGGUGCAGUCCCUGCAGGACGAGGUGGCCUUCCUGCGCGGCAACCACGAGGAAGAGGUGGUCGAGCUGCUGGCCCAGAUCCAGGCCUCCUCGCACGUGGCCGUCGAGCGCAAGGACUACGCCAAGACAGACCUGACGGCCGCCCUCAAGGAGAUCCGCUCGCAGCUCGAGUGCCAUUCCGACCAGAACAUGGUCCAGGCCGAGGAGUGGUUCAAGUGCCGCUACGCCCGCCUCACCGAGGCCGCCGAGACCAACAAGGAGGCCAUCCGCUCGGCCAAGGAGGAGAUCGCUGAGUACCGGCGCCAGCUCCAGGCCAAGAGCAUCGAGCUCGAGUCCGUCCGCGGCACCAAGGAGUCCCUCGACCGACAGCUGACCGACAUCGAGGAGCGCCACAAUAUGGACCUCUCCACCUACCAGGAGACGAUUCAGCAGCUGGAAAACGAACUGAGAGGUACAAAAUGGGAAAUGGCACGUCAUUUGCGGGAAUACCAGGACCUGCUCAAUGUCAAGAUGGCCCUUGACAUUGAGAUUGCUGCAUACAGGAAACUCCUUGAGGGUGAAGAGACAAGAUUCUGUGCCUUCUCUGGAAGCAUCGCUGGGCCAACGUUUACACAUAGGCAACCCUCUGUAACAAUAUCAAGUAGCAAAAUACAAAAAUCAAAAGUUGAAGCUCCAAAACUAAAGGUCCAGCACAAGUUUGUAGAAGAAAUAAUUGAAGAGACAAAAGUAGAAGAUGAGAAAUCUGAACUGGAUGAAGCCUUAGCAGCUAUGGCUGAAGAAUUGGCUGCUGGAACAACACCACAAGACCAGAAGGAGGAAGAGGAGGAGGAGGAGGAAGCUGUGGAAGAAGAAAUACUAGCUGAGGCUAAAGCUGAGGUUGAAGCAGCUGCCCCAGAAGAGGAGGAAGAAGAAGGAGAAGAAGAGGGAGGUGAGGAAGAGGAGGAUGCAAAAUCUGAUGAAGCAGAAGAAGGAGGAUCUGAAAAAGAAGAGGAAAAGAGUGAAAAGGAAGAGGGUGAUGAAGAAGAAGAGGAGGCGGGUGAGGGAGAAGCAGAGGAAGCUGAAGCAGAGACCAAGGAAGAAGAGGAGUCAGAAGAGAAGGAUGAAGAUGAAGGAGAAGUUGAGGAAGCCAUUGUACCAGAGAAAGUAGAAAAGGCGAAAACAUCACCUCCCAAAUCUCCCCCAAAAUCUCCUGCAGCAGAAGAGGUGGAGGAAAAUAAAGAAGCUGAAGGUGAAAGUGAAGAUCAGAAGGAGGAUGAGCAAGGAGAGGAGGAAGAAGAAGAGGACAAGUCAGGGUCUCCAGCAAAAGCAGAUUCUCCUGAGAAAGGAGGUUCACCAGAAAAAGCUGGUACACCAGAGAAAGGGUCUCCAGAGAAGGCUGGGACUCCAGCCAAGGCUGGGUCUCCAGAGAAAGGAUCUCCAGAGAAGGCUGGGACUCCAGAGAAAGGGUCUCCAGACAAGGCUGGGACUCCGGAGAAAGGGUCUCCAGAGAAGGCUGGGACUCCAGAGAAAGGGUCUUCAGAGAAAGGGUCCCCAGACAAGGCUGGAACUCCAGAGAAAGGGUCUCCAGAGAAGGCUGGAACUCCAGAGAAAGGGUCUCCAGAGAAAGGGUCUCCUGACAAGGCUGGAACUCCAGAAAAAGGGUCCCCAGAGAAGGCUGGGACUCCAGAGAAAGGGUCUCCAGAGAAAGGGUCUCCAGACAAGGCUGGAACUCCAGAAAAAGCAAGUAUUCCAGAAAAAGCAGCAUCUCCAGAGAAGGUGAGUACACCAGAUAAAGCAACAUCCCCAGAAAAAGCAGGGUCCCCAGUGAAAGAAGUGGAAGAGACCAUCCCAGCUUCUAAGGCAGCAAAAGUUGGUACUGAGAAGGAACCCAAAGAAGAGAAGAAAGACAAAAGUGAGAAGGCAUCAAAGGAAUCCACAAAAGAAGACAUAGCUGUAAAUGGAGAUGUGAGUGAGAAAGAAGAGGAGGAAGGCUCCAAGGCCAAGCAAGUGGAGGAGGAAGACAAAGGUGUUUUCACCAAUGGCCUGGACAUUAGCCCAGAUGAAGAGGAGAAAAAGGGGAAGAGCGAUGAAAAAGUUGUGGUAACCAAAAAGGUUGAGAAAAUUACUAGUGAAGGAGAUGACGGGACAACCACAUACAUCACAAAGUCAGUGACUGUCACCCAGAAGGUAGAAGAACACGAGGAAACAGUUGCUGAACAAUUGGUGUCCACCAAGAAGGUAGAGAAGGUUACUUCACAUGCUGUAGUGAAAGAAGUGAAAGAGAGUGACUAGGAUAAUCAUAUUUUUUUUCCUUCAAAAGAGCUUCGGUCGGUGCAAAAGGUUAAGCCAUAGGACAGCUGCAAAAUGCAUGAAAGUGACAGCUUCAAAGCAGAAAGGGUUCUCUCGUGAGGUCUCCAGAAACACUCUCUUUUAUUUUUGAUUUAUUUUUUGUGCAAUACCCAGGGUUUGGGGGGGAGGAAUGCAUGCAAGCCCAAGAUGCACUCCCUCUGCAGAACUUGGGGAAUUAAAAAAAAUGCAUGAGCUGUUAUCCUUACAGAGGAAGUUGCUGAAUUUCCUAAGCUGCUGAUGGGAUGCUUCUGAGGAACAUCUUAAAAUGUAUUAUGCAAAGAACCAACUGAGCCAAAUACAGACAAACAAUAAUAAGAAAAUGAAUGAAAAAAAAUUACCCAGAAUUCUCCUAGCCUUAAGCUACUUAAUAAUUAUGUUUACCUCACUGGUGCAAUUAAGAUGGACUUUUUGAUCAUGGGAGAACCUACCUUGACAUGCACAGUACGCAACCUUUUGUUGUUCGAUGUAAAGCAGUCACAGCAGUUUGUGCUCAAUAAAGGUUAUAUUGGAAACGUG